CUUCCGGUGUCUGUUUGGUCUUUUCACUACCCCUGCCAAUACCAUAUGUGCUCGUCCUAAUAAAUGUGUAAUGAUCCAGAGAAGGAACCACUAAUAAUCCUAGCCAGAAAAACUCCAUAUCACCGGAUGACUUCUUCGACCUCCACCGGAGCAAAUGCCCCACUCCUUCAGGUGAACAAGCCACCGGCAAAGCAUACAUCAGUGUCCGGUGUCGUCUUCAAUGUUUCAACUAGCAUUAUCGGUGCCGGAAUUAUGGCAAUCCCGGCAACUCUCAAGGUGCUUGGAGUAGUCCCAGCAUUUCUGUUGAUAGUGAUUAUAGCUUGGCUAGCAGAUAUCUCGGUUGAAUUUCUGAUGAGGUAUACAAAUACUGGCAAGUCAACCACUUAUGCCGGUGUCAUGAAGGAAUCGUUUGGACGGGUGGGAUCGUUUGUGUUGCAAGCAUGUGUUGUGUUGAAUAAUCUCGGUUGCUUGAUCAUUUAUUUGAUAAUUAUUGGUAAGUCCAUCAGUUUCAGAGAAUUUCAACAAUUAAUUAUGUUUCUGAAUGCAGAAAUGGAUGGGGAUGUUCUUUCAGGAAAUCAACCUGAAGGAUCAGUGCAUCUAGGUGUUUUACAAGAAUGGUUUGGUGUUCACUGGUGGAAUUCCCGUGCCUUUUCGAUCCUCUUCACUGUUGUAUUCAUUAUGCUUCCAUUGGUUUCGUAUAGGCGUGUAGAAGCAUUAAGGUUCAGUUCUGCAAUAGCAGUUUUACUUGCCGUGCUAUUUGUUGCCAUCAGUUCUGUUAUGGCGAUAACUGCACUCUUUCAAGGCAAAACCGAGAGGCCGAGACUGCUGCCUUACUUGGACAACAGAGCCUCUUUUUUCGAUCUCUUCACCGCUGUCCCUGUCAUUGUAACAGCUUUCAAUUUUCAUUUCAAUGUUCAUCCUAUUGGUUUUGAGAUGGAUAAACCUUCUGAUAUGAUGAAAGCAGUCCGAAUUUCUCUCAUACUAUGCGGUGCCAUCUACUUUGCCAUUGGGGUCUUUGGAUACCUUCUUUUUGGCGAGUCAAUCACGUCUGAUAUACUUGUUAAUUUCGACCAAAAUUCUGGUUCAGCACUCGGACCCGUACUCAAUGACAUAGUUCGAUUAAGCUAUGCCCUUCACCUCAUGCUGGUUUUCCCCCUCUUGAACUUCUCAUUAAGGGCCAACAUCGAUGAAUUCCUUUUCCCAAGUAGGCUUAUUCCGGCAAGAGAUAACAUAAGAUUCAUGUCCGUCACUGUUAUUCUUCUAGCCAUUUGUUACUUGGCGGCCAUAGCCAUCCCUAACAUAUGGUAUUUCUUUCAAGUCAUGGGAUCAACCACUGCUGUCAGCAUUGCCUUCGUCUUCCCCGGCGCUAUCGCUUUUAGGGAUGUUCAUGGCAUAUCGACAUUAAGAGACCGGAUUAUAUCUGCUUUAAUGAUAAUUUUGGCUGCUGUUACGAGUACAAUAGCCCUUUCUACCAACAUAUACAGCCUUUCAACUGAGCUUUAGCGGAGGUGCUUGAAUUCAAGUGUAUCCACCUCCA